AUGUUGUGGACGACGUGGCUCGGGCUCGCUGCGGCCAUUCUGGGGACCGGCAAGUCAGCUGCCGCCGACACCGUCUAUCGCGACCCCGACACCGGGCUUGUCUUCACGUCCAACUUCGAGCUGUACAAGUCGGACGGCCACGGCAUCACCGUCCGCAUUGCAAUUCCGGAUAACGUCCAGAGCUACACGGCGUUCGAUGCCGUCAUCCAGAUGGUCAUCCCCAACGAGGUCGGCUGGGCGGGUCUCGCCUGGGGCGGAAGCAUGACCAACAACCCGCUGCUGGUCGCCUGGAGAGGGACCAGCAACAACGCGGUGCUGUCGCCGCGGUGGGCAAGCUCGCACGUCCAACCGCAGCCCUACUCGGGCGCGCAGUACACGCUCUUCAAGACGGGCACCAAGACCAACGCGACGCACACGCAGUUCACGGCGCUGUGCAAGGGCUGCACCUCGUGGACGGCGUCCGACGGCUCGACGCGCUACCUCAGCCCGCGCGGCGGCAACCGCCUCGCCUUCGCCUACUCGCCCACCCGCCCCGCCAGCCCCAACAGCCCGACCUCCAGCCUGAGCAUCCACGAGGUCGUCGGAUACUGGCAGCACGACUUCUCGCAGGCGGCUAAUGCCAAUUUUGAGGCUACCGUGUCGAAGCUAGUGUCGUGA